AUGACUACACCAAUGAGAAUUGAUGAUGCCAACUCCAAAGGCCCCUUCUUCAAGCUUUCCAUUCUCUCUACCGGUCUCUUCUCUCUCUUCUCACAUGAAUAUAAGAUGGCUUCCCGGGGUCUGAUUUGCGCCACUCGCCUUUUUCACACUGGAGUCAUUGCGGUAUUUCCCUGGAGACAUCAUAAGAUUAUCGAUAUUGAAACCCAAGAGAUCAACGGAGAUGAUGAAGUCAGUGGAAACAACUCUACCCAAACCCAUGAAACUACUGAGGAACAACAGCCCAACAAUCUCGAUCCAGCGGUUGAGGAUGCAGGGAAAUCUGAGAAUGAAGAAGCGGAAUGGAACUACUUAGGCAAUGAGCUAGAUCUCUGUUUCUUCGGGCAGAUCCGGUACGAAUCUGAGGUCGAAGCAUAUGAAACGAUGAAAGAUCUGCAGGGCAUUCAAGUUCCCCGGAUGUUUGCACAUACCAAAAUUCUGGGGCCGACAUACACCCAAGAUCAGCCCAUCAGUCGGUAUUUCGAACAUCCUGGAAUUCUUAUAGAAUACAUCGAAGGAUUUCCACGGCCUUAUAUCGCCGAGAAUGUCCCCAGGAAAGAAUGA